AUUCAUUGAAAUGUGACAAUACCGCGACAUUUUAAUAGCGAUAGUUGUAAUAUUCUCUAAAUUCAAAGCUAAAAAGUAUGCGUGUGCGCAUUGCGCAAUAAUACAACUGUUUAUUUACAAUACUGAUGCUGUUCGAGGUUAAUGUUUUGCAUUUGAAAGUGUUUAUUUUUAAUUAAAUUAUAAUAUCAUGCCGAAAUCUGAAAAACAAUAUCGAUGGAAAGGAAGAAUUGUCAGCCAAAAAGUCUAUGCCCAACAAGUAAAACAAACCGUACUUGGCCUCCAACUGAAAGAGCAAUGUAGAAAACUUGAUGAGAAUGAAGCAAGUGGAAGUUCAAAAGAGCCAGUGAAUGAUAAAAAUAACGAAAAAAAAGCAGAAAUACUUGAAGGAUGUCGUAUAGUUAAUUUGAAAUACUUGGGCAAACAAUUGUGGUGCAUUUCAUGUAAAGAAGUGUUGUCUUUGGAGAACAUUGAAUCAGAAAGACGCAUAGGGUUAGCGUCAAUUUUGAUGGUUAAAUGCCACAAGUGUUUGAUUAUAAAUGAAAUCUAUACUGGAAAACAAAAAUCUUCUACAGAUAAACGGUCUCUACGUUAUGACAUUAAUUAUAAAUCCGUCAUAGGUGCAUUACACAGUGGAUUAGGUUGGACACAUCUCCAAAAAUUAUUUGCGUGCAUGGACAUACCAAGCUUUGGGUUCAGAGCUUUCAAACAAUAUGGAAAAGAAGUUGGACUAGCAGCUGAAGAUGUCGCAAAAGAAAGUUGUAGAGACAAGCAGCCAAAUUAGAAAAAGAAAAAACUAUAGAGCAAUCUCAAGCUCUAGAAAGUCAACUGUAAAAAAAUCCUUGAUCUUUUGAAGAGCUUUUGGAGGAGACUUGUCUGACUAAUCUAUCAUUUUCAAUAUACCUACAAAUCAUUCUUAAUUUAUAUUUAGGAUAAAAUCCUAAAAAGUAUAAUAUAAGGUGUAUAUUUUUAAUAUUUUUAUUUUGUUUAUUUUAUAUUUAUAUAUAUUUCAAUGCUUAUUCCAUUAAAUUCUUUGUAAAAUUCCAAUUCAAAAUUUUAUUGAAAUUGGACAAGAAGAACGUUACCCACAGCUGAAUGACAAACGUGUUAUGGACCCAAUAAAUUAUUAUUUAUGUAUAUAUAUUAACUAAAUCACGACUUUCAUUUAAUUUGUUUUUAUAUUUUAUCAAAUCAGUGUAUCAGAAAUCACGAGAAGACUGUUUUAGAGGAAUUUUUAGCGUAUAUACAAUUAAUAUCAACUUUCAAUGAAGAAAUGUAGGCUUUAUUGCUCACAGAUGUUAAUUUAAUACAAUAGUUGCAGUUAUUAAUAAAAUAAGUGACGAAAACUUGACAGCUGCUAUGUCAACUAUGUGCUUCAUUAAAGAAAUUGUAAAGAAUCCGAAUGAAGGGAAAGCUUUAUAACAUGUCGGGAUCACCGAUUAUCAUGUUGAACGUCCAAUUAAAACAGGGUUUGGAAA